UUAUAAUGAUCGUUGAUGUGUCUUCUGCAAGGAGAGAGUCUGUGCAACCUUCAUCAGAUAAAAGCCUUAAGGAGUGAUCGAUCCCCUGCAACCUGUGCGCAUAGCAGCCAAUGGACCGAUAUUCAGUCGAAGGCGGUGUUUUGGCUGUACAGUGACGUUUUAAGGCAGGUCCUGGUCAAACCUACCAAUGAUACAAGUCGGUCCUAUUCUGCUGGGACUGAUCGCAAUGAACGGGUGUCGGAGCUCUGCAAGGCAAAGGAGCAACCACAGCGAGACGAGGCGAUCAAGGGGAUGCGGCAUCGGUACGCGGGAGCUGUCCAUCAGCACCAAAUCCCCGACGAAAAGCAAGGAAGCAGCAAGCAGAGCCCAGAACCAGUCGCUCCUGUUUUCAGCCUGCCGCCCCCGCCCACUUCUCACCACCGAGACCGCACUUCAACCGCCGCCGCUCACCGCCAGAGCCUCCAGGAGCUCCCCUGUCUGAGCCAGCCCUCUCGGAGACCUGUUCACAGCGGCGACCCUCUACCUCUGGCGAGCUACGACACCGCCCAGCGACCUUCACACCGAGGCGGUGAACCCAGCACCGGGCAGCCGGCGCACCUGCAGCAGGAUCCCUGGGCCCCGGACGGUUCUCAGCAGCAGCAGCAGCCGCCGCCGCAGUCGGAGAAGCAGCCUGUUUUUCCAAGCUGCCACUGCAGUUUUUCCGAGCAGGAGGCGAGCCUUUCUCAAAAUCAGCACCAUCCUGUCGGUCCUCUCCCACCGCAGCCCUCCCCACCUUUUCCGCCGCCUUUACCACCGCCACCAACGUCGUCCUCCUCCUCUCUGUUGUUUUCCCGGGAAUCUAAAAGGGGGGAUCGUCUCCGAAGGAGUGCCAAUAAUUACCAACAGGCAAGCAUCGUGGAACGCUGCAGGGGAGGAGGAGGAGCAGGAGGGCACCGAGACCACAGGCAGUUGUUGCAGCAGCAGCAGCAGCAUCAACAGCAUCAACAGCACAGUCAUUUAAGACUCCAACAGAGGGACCCCUCCCCUGAAGGAAUCCGUGCAAACUCGCAGAAAGGGCGCUCUUUAAAUGUAUGUGAGUCAACCGAGGCUAACAGGAGAGCAUUUGAGUCUCAGACUCAGGACCUGCAGCAGCAGCAACAGAUCCCACAAUUACGAGCGCAGCAACAGCUACUGGUGGGGAGCAGCUUGCCUAUCAACUACUGCGCCAGCGGCUCAGGAGAGCUAUGUAGGACUCACCAGGCUCCACUGCUGCAACAGCAAGAGCAGCAGCAACAGCGGCAGCAGCAGCAGCAGCAGCAGCAGCAAGGCGCGUUGGGGCUCUGUCCCCAGCGUCCGCAGCACUGUGAACAAGACCGCAAUAAGUCUGGGAGGAUCUCCGCGCAAGGCGAUCAGGCGCAGCCACACAGCCGCGACUCCCGCGUAACCCCGCCGGCAACACAACAGGCAUACGCGGGGAACUCGUCUGCGACUGUGAGCAACAGCAGCAAAGACAGCCCCAACUACGGCUCGAGCUAUCACCUGUGGCCAGAGAGCCCGCAUAAAGGAGAGGAGAGGAUACGCAUCGACCUCCAUAAGGCCACUACUGAGCAGAAGAAGCUGAGCCAUGCUGGAUCCAAGCCCUCCCUCUCCGAGAGCAGCGGCCGACUCCCUCAGAUAGCCAUGAACACCUGCAAGUACAAUGGCGGAGUGGUGAGACCACUAGUGGGCAGCCUGGCGUCCUCGUCGCGCCGCAACCUCGCGGAGCUCGACUCGGAGACGCAGCCCUUGCAGACGCUGCACAGCUCUGGCCUGGAGGUGGUAGUGUCCAAGGGCAACGGCGGCGAAGACCCCAGCAAGGCGUCCAACGAGAGCUUGGUCAGGGAGGGCAGCGGGCCGGGCGGAGGCAGGGCGCCGCAGAAGAAGAACAGGGACAUUGGCUACAAGCUCGGCCACCGGAGGGCGCUGUUUGAGAAGCGGAAGCGGCUCAGCGACUACGCACUCAUCUUCGGAAUGUUUGGGAUCGUUGUCAUGGUGACAGAGACGGAACUGUCAUGGGGGGUUUACACUAAGGAAUCUUCAUACUCAUUUGCACUGAAAUGCCUUAUCAGCCUUUCCACUGUUAUAUUGCUUGGUCUUAUAAUAAUGUACCAUGCCCGGGAAAUCCAGCUGUUUAUGGUCGACAAUGGUGCGGACGAUUGGAGGAUAGCCAUGACGUAUGAGCGGAUCUUCUUCAUCGUGCUGGAGCUGCUGGUGUGUGCCAUCCAUCCCAUCCCGGGCCAGUACGUCUUCACCUGGACGGCGCGGCUGGCCUUUACCUACAUGCCGUCGGUGGCCGAUGCUGACGUGGACAUCAUCCUCUCCAUCCCCAUGUUCCUGAGACUCUACCUGAUAGGCAGGGUCAUGUUACUCCACAGCAAGCUGUUCACGGACGCGUCGUCUCGCAGCAUCGGCGCCCUCAACAAGAUCAACUUCAACACACGCUUUGUCAUGAAGACCCUCAUGACCAUCUGUCCAGGAACUGUUCUGCUGGUGUUCAGUAUAUCCUCCUGGAUCAUUGCUGCAUGGACUGUGCGCGUCUGUGAGAGGUAUCAUGACAAACAGGAAGUGACCAGUAACUUCCUGGGAGCCAUGUGGCUCAUCUCGAUUACCUUCCUCUCGAUUGGCUACGGGGACAUGGUACCACACACGUACUGUGGGAAAGGCGUGUGUCUGCUUACAGGGAUUAUGGGAGCUGGUUGCACUGCACUGGUCGUUGCAGUGGUAGCCAGGAAGCUGGAGCUGACCAAGGCUGAGAAGCAUGUCCACAACUUCAUGAUGGACACACAACUCUGCAAACGAGUAAAGAACACAGCUGCCAAUGUACUCAGGGAAACAUGGCUCAUCUACAAACACACUAAGUUGGUCAAGAAGAUUGAUCACGCCAAGGUGCGGAAACACCAGCGCAAGUUUCUCCAAGCCAUUCACCAAGCUCAGAAACUGCGCAGUGUGAAGAUGGAGCAGAGGAAACUCAAUGAUCAGGCCAACACCUUGGUGGACCUGGCAAAGACCCAGAAUGUGAUGUAUGACUUGGUGUCAGAGCUGCAGGAGCGCAGUGAGGAGCUGGACAAGCGCAUUGGCAUAUUGGAGGAUAAGCUGGACUCGGUGACGGGCAGCCUGCAGGCGCUGCCCUGCCUCAUCUCCCAAGCCAUAACCCAGCAGCAGCAGGACUUCCUGGAUGGCUUUGUUCACCGCUUUCGGCCCGCCUCACUAGCCUCAGAGCGCUCAGAACGCUCUGAGCGAUCCUGGACUUCCACCGCCCGUAGGCGGCGCUCUCCCUCCACAGCACCACACACCUCCUCUGAUAGCGGAUAACCCUGACAAACCUUCUGCAAUCACUUUCGAGCCCCACCUUUCCCAAACCAACUCAUCACCUCAUUCUGUCCCAUCCAAAGCUGUCCCUGUAACCGCUGGGUCCACGUUUGGACCAAUAAUGAACCCAUAUCUUCACCCCUGACCUGCUCCUUGCCCUUAUUCUCUCUCUCCCUCCCACCCAUCCCCUUUCCCUUUCCUCCCCACCCAUCAUCAAAUCCAAAAACCAAUUUCUCUGUGACUGAGCCUCUCAGCACAGGACUGGAUCAGAGCUACUCCAAAAGAACAAAUAAAAGCAAACAGACUUAAAUCAAGAAAAUACACAAAUGCAUCCAAAAAAGAAAAAGAGAAAAAAAAAUUAAAAAUGACUGAAAAACCGAGAUAAAGUAGAGAUAUGGUUUAUGUUUUAGCCAUUGUAUGGCUGUUCAAGUUAGCUUUUUUGUAAAAGCCCUUGUAUAGUUAAAAAAUGACUGAGUUCAGGGUCACUGGGGUGAGAGCUGGCUAUCACACCGGAGAGUCCUUAACCAAGAGGGGGGAAGUUGGUCUGUGGAGCUGAGGGCCUCAGCUCACCUGCUGGCCCUCCGAGGCCAUGGAGGACAUCUGUCCACCCAUCCGUCUGUCUAUCUGUUUGUACGGUGAGGAGAGCGAGACAAACCAUUGGAUUUCCCUUUCAAAAGACUAGUGUCAUGGAUUCUUUCCCAUAGGUUAGGGUGAACGCUUUAGAAGAGGCUACGAAAACUCUGACUUCAGGUCAGUGUUUGAAAAUGUGCUAAAGGGGGAGGGGAAACUGUCACACAAAAGAAGAGCAAAGGGGAUGCAUAUGGCAUUACUACUGGGUAGGUAAAAUUUACACAGUUGCCAACUUCAAAGUUUCAGCUUCCUUGUUCUUACCAAGGGAAAAUGAGAGCGACUAUCUUUUUUAGUUACAUAUUGACAUGUGAUUUUUCAGUGCCUGAAUGUAUAAAUAGUAGAGGGUUAUUUAAUUACUAAUUUCAGAGCUUUUUUACGAUGUUAACAGUCUGAAUACAGCAUUGCAUUCCUUUUUCAGAUACAUUCCUCUCCAAAAAUUUAAAGAAACUGUCUUAAUGUAAUGCAUAACAUUGCCUCCAUUACACAGCAACUCUAAAUGUUUUGAAAACCUUUUUUUUUCUAUUUCUACUAACACCGUGAGAAAAGUUCAGAGAGUAAGCGAAAGUGAGAGAAUAUUUGUGAGUGUGUUUGUCAGAGAACGAGUUCACUUUUUGCUCAAUGCUGCACACUCAUACACACAACAAUGAAAUAUGAAGUGGUCUACCUUUCUCACCACCACCAAUUAGAGCUUCCUGUGGUCUUCAGAUAAUGGCAUGGCUUGAGGUCUGCUGGUAUAUACGGCCACACAGGCACACAUCACUGGUCGAACUGGGAAACCAACCCUGCCCCUUUGCAUGGUUCUGUGCAAAACUGACAGUGGAACUCAAUCUUCCUUGGAUGGCUUGAUGAUUUUACAUGAUUUACAUGAUUUUGAUUUUAUUAUGUUAACUUUUGUUUGAUUGUUGCUUUUCUUUCUUUUGUUAUUUUUUUACUAAAAGUUCCUUUUUUACUAUGAUACCUAGGGUUUUUAGAGUUGCAGAACCUAGAGAGUUGCAGUAAUGUGAUUCUGUAAUGCAUUCCCUGUUUAAAAUAUGAGGUGAAAGAAAAAAUCACUAUUACAAAAGAAUCCUCAAAGCAUACAAAUAAAAGUGCUGAAGAAACUUUGAUGAAUUGGUCCCUCUGCAAGAUUAAAAGAAUAGCUCGACAUUUUGGGAAAUACACUUUCUAGCUGAGAGUAAGAUAAGAAGAUUGAUACCACCCUCAUGUCUGUACGGUAAAUAUGAAGCAUCCGCUAGCAGACGGUUGGCUACGCUUAGCAUAAAGACUGGAAGCAUUUGGAACAGCUGGCCUGGCUCAGUCCAAAAUUAACACAUUAUAUCUCUUUUGUUUAAUCCAUACAAAAACUAAAUAUUUACCAUACAGACAGGUGAGUGGUAUCAAUCUUCUCAUGCAACUCUCAGCAAGAAAGCGUAUUUCCCAAAAUGUCUAUUACAUACUAUUCCUUUAACAUCGAGUAUCAGGCCUCUGUUUUGUCUUUCUAAAUGACACUGAAACACGUUCACUAUGAUAGAGGAGAAGUUACAAACUUUUAAAUAUCAAAGGUAUGGUGUAUGAUGCAUCCUAGAGUUGUGAUGACUUUAUUAUCUUUAGGAUCUUUAAAGUAUUUUUUUUUUCCAAAGUACAUUUAAAAGGCAGAUCAGGACGUCAGCGGGUUAGCGGGCUAGCAUGCUGUCCUAAAGUAGUUUGAACAGUAGAUGAUCUGAGUCCCAAAAGGAUGUUAGUGCUAAAAAUCAUCUUUAUGGCCCCUUAAGCUAACAGACAAAUAGGAUCAUUAUUAUUUCCUGGAUUUUAAUUAUUUCCAAGUUGCUUUGGGCUGAAUCGGGUCCAAGUCAAACCCUGUGAGACAGAGAACGAGUCCACUCUCCCACAGGCUCUGCACUGGCCAGAGAGCACUUCAUUUAAGAACAUAUUCAGUUUGCUACAAGUGGAACUUAAUCAAGCAUGAAUAUUAGCUUUUUUCCUUUCAACUUGAGUUGAUGAAGCAUGACUCUUUACUGCCCCCACCUCUUGCCACUUCUCGUACAGUGCUACACUCCACCCUUCCAGUAUGAAGGGAUCUAUCAUGCCAUUACGGUCUCUGUUUCAAUCAGUGUAAUCCAAUGAGUCAGGACGGCUAAUGGAAGAUUAUCUGCUUGAUUACGACCUCACCUGCUUGUUCGUAUAUCUAAGGUUUGCACCUCUUCAUUACAUCGGAGGUUUAGCCUCGCGUUUGUCAUCUGUCAUCAUUAAGAACAUCAGUCCCCCACACACAAAGAGGCUUCUCAAAUGGCCCACAGCAAAGACCUUUGAGUGGUUUGAAUGAAAAAAACAGAAAAAAAGGAAGAACCAGGGGAACCCCCAGGUCAUGUUCCAUGUUGCACUCAGUGUGUAAUAUUCACUUACACCUGGAAAGAUCACAGAUGCUGGAGUGUCUACCCCAGAGAGAUGUGACGGUACUGGUGUUAAAGACUUCAUCCUUCAUCAGGCAGCAGGAAAAAGGGACAGAGUAGAUUGAAAAAAAGAGAAAGAUGAGAGCAAUAGCUAAUUUACUGACAGAUGUCCGUUUUGGCCCAGGGGUUUUGUGAACAGCAAGAGUGGGUGUCCUGUAAAUAUGACCUCAUUGUAGAUGUCGCCAAGUAAACGGGACAAAUGGUGAACCGCAGGGGUAAAGGUAACUGGGUGCAAUGCACAGUAUGUUGCAGUUAUGCAGUAGAAAAACAAUAUCUAGAAAGGAUAUGAAGGGUUUGAAAUUCUGGGAAAUUAAAGAUAACAUUUGAUUAAUUUCACACUAUUUUUCCUGCUGAUGGAGGUAUGAUCAGGUUCUGUUGUUUUUUACCCUGUUUUAAAGGUUUGUUUUCUUCAGUCCUCAUCCUGUCACUAACAAAGUCCUGCCAAAACACCAUUCCGAUAUUUGAUAGUGACCCCAUUUUCUUCACCAGAAAAUAAAAAAUUUACAGUAUUUUGUAGUGAAGGGAGGGACAUUCAUGAUGUUAUUCUGAUGAUGGUAGAUGAGUCAAAGUGAUAAACGCAUCCCAGAGUCUUUUAUCAUCCUAAAAAGUAGGCUUUCCUCAUAGAGCAGGAAUCAGACCACACUUCUACUGAACAAUAACAGAGUGAAAAAAAACCCAAAAGUGAAGAAAUGUAACCCAGUCAUUGUUCUGUGUACACUGCCACAUGAUGCAUAAUGUACGUAGUAGCACUGGAAUAAAUCAACUUUUAAUGGAUGGCAAAUGGGUUUAACAUGUUCUCUGUAUACUGUUCGCUGUUCCUUCAUUUUGCAGGUGAACUUUUGUCCUAGCAAGGAGACACACCAAGGUCAAAUCAUUAAAGACUAUCUUCAGCUAUGA